CUCCGACAUAAGAAAAGAGAAGAGAUAUCUUCUCAAUCUUCUUCUUUCAUCUCCUUGGAAGAGAAGAGAUAUCUUCUCCUUCUUCUUCUAUCAUGUGAAAGCUUUUUUUUCUCACAAAUAAAAGAGCAGUGUAACUUUUAAGGGAUUCACCAACAAAAGAAGAGGAAGAAUCAACUGAUUUACCAGCAAAUAAGGUGCGAAUGCAUAUACAUUUUCAGUGCAAGAUGGAAAAGAUUCAGGUGUUGUUCUUGCUGCUACUAAGACUAAUAAACAGAAGAACCCUCUAACUUUGGUGCAAAAACUGUCAUGAAAAAGGAAUUCUUUAGAAUGGCUAAGGCUUGUGAACCAGGGCACUGGUUGUGCGUUCCACAAAGGCGUGCAGUGCGAUGGUUGCUGGGUACAACACCUUGGUUUAAGUCCAAAGUCAUCCUUUUUCUUAAGGUCCAGCUCCACCCAUCCCGUAACUACCACAUAUCUUGCAGGCCGUGGGAAGAAGCAAUAACUCCCAUAUCUUCAAAGCCAUUUCAUUCAAGAUGUAAACAUUCAAGAUGGAACCCGGGUUGUCCAUUAACUUCGUUCACUAAAACAUGGCGUUUGGUCAGCAAUGGCACGAUUCCAUGGCCCUGCGGAUCAGAACUGGUAUGGAAUGGUGGAUACCAGUUUACUACUACGGUUUUAGUUUCUGCGCAGGCAAGAAAGUUUGCUUGUAAUGUUGAGAAAGUUGAAGCCAAAGAAAGAAGUCAAGGUGAUUAUUGUUAAGAGUUCUCGUCCACAGGGCAGCUUCAGGAUGGAAAAGUAGAUGAAAUUAUGCGUGACUUUGAUGAGCCUGGAACUCUUGCACCAACUGGAUUUUCUAUUUUCCACUAGUUCUAGUAUCCUUUCCAAAUCUUCUAUAUAUUAUAUACUUUCCAGUUUAUUUGUAUGAAGUAUUCCGAUCUUUCAAUAGAUUCUAAGAACUAAUUCACACAUGCUCAAAAUCUUGAAGCAUAUUCGGUUUUAAGUCAGAUCUCUGUUCUUUGUG